GCACUGCGUAAAAUUAAAUUGGAUCACAUUUUUUAUGUUUAAAUCUCUAAAAGAAGGAAGUAUUAUUACAAGUAACGCAGCAGCAAGAAGAUCAUUGCACCACCACAAAACCACCGUACACUAAAACCACAAACCGGUAAGAAAGUCUUGUCUUGUCACGAACCAGUGACCACGACCCGACUUCCGUCCGUCAAAGAAGUGUUACUCUUUCUUCUUCACAUCUGAUUUUAGUGUGACGAUGGCCGUCCCUGCAAAAUUCCUGGUAACUCAGCUCUCCGAUGAGAACUAUAAUUCUUAUUUGUGCGAGAAAAUUCAAGAAAUUGCGAAUGAGGCAAUUUCAUCGAGAGGUGUUUUUCUCUUGGGGGUGUCAGGGGGGUCCAUUAUCUCCAUUUUGGCGGAAGGUCUCCCAAAACUAAAUACGGAUUGGACCGCGUGGAAAAUAUUUUUAUGUGAUGAGCGCCUCGUUCCUGAGGACGAUAGCGAAUCGACAUACGGACAAUACAAGAUAAAACUGUUUCCUACACUUGCAUCAUUUCCAGAAGCCAACUUUGUCGCGGCGGACUGUUCCUUGGCCGGGGUUGAAGCGGCGAAGGACUACGAGGCAAAGUUAAGAGCUUUGUGGACCGAAGAAGAGAAAAAUAGUCCUUCUUACGGGAUGGCGGAUUGUCUUUUGCUUGGUGUUGGACCUGAUGGACACACUUGCUCUCUAUUUCCUAAUCAUGCCGCUCUGAGUGUUGGGGAUUGUUGGGUAACGAACAUUGAGGAUUCGCCAAAACCUCCCCCUGCCAGAAUCACGUUGACCUACACGUUCAUCAAUAAGGCGACCAAUAUCUUAAUUGCGGGGAAAGGGAAAGAAAAAUGGGACAUUUUAGAGAAAGUGCAAAAUGGUCAAGAUUUCCCCAUUGGACGCGUCGAUAAUCCAGGUGGUCAUUUGGAAUGGAUUCUAAAUGACGCCAAAUAAAUUUUCUUAAUUAUGAAUAUGCGCUCAACCAAUGUCCAAAAUUGCUCCCUUAGUUAAAUAUUAUCAGCACAAGGAACACAUUUAAAAGUCAAGUUACCGACGAACGAAACCAAAGAAAAAUAGUUAAUUAUUUCAGAAAACGAUAAAUAUGUCAUGUAAAAUGUUUGAGAUAAAUGAUGAUUAUUGUAAUUCUUCUGGUGAUGGUUGAAACAUAUCUGCUUUAUUUAAGAUAAUUAGCAAUCAGUAAUAAAUUUAAUUUCCCACUUGUUGCAAUUACUCACUCACGCAAUAGGUAUUUUUGGUAGUACAUUCGCAAUACAGAAAUAAAGAAGAUUUAAACAUGUAUGUCAAUCUAACGAUUGUUUAAGAAUAAAUGAUAACUUAACGUUUAAAAA